GGGAGGUUGAACCACAGGUUCAUUUCCGUUCCGCAAACGCUGCAGCAAAGAAACGGCUGUAAUAGCAAUUUUGACGUAUUUUUUGGUUUAUGGUAUUUGUCUUUUGCUUCACCACUGUUACAGUCUGGAGGAAGAUAGAGAGUGUGGUCCUCCUCUGCAGAACAAAUUUACAACCCUGAGCAUAGGUGAAGGACACACUUCACAGGAAGUGCUUGGUGGACAAGUGCAUGAGAAUUACUUCAGUAUGCCCAUAAGGAGAAAACGUUCAUCACCUACAAUGGAAGAUUCUAGAACAAAGAAAGCAAGAGUUGCUAGCUGGGCAAGAAAAGAUGGAAGGUCAUGUGAUACAGAUAGUGCUUUCAGUUCUAAACGAUGUGUUGCCUGGUUCCAUGAAUACACAGGUGCUGAUGAAGAUGUACUAGGACCAGAAGGAAUGGAGAAAUUCUGUGAAGAUAUAGGUGUAGAACCAGAAAAUAUUGUGAUGUUAUCACUAGCCUGGAAACUGGGUGCCAAAAACAUGGGAUUUUUCACAAAAGCAGAAUGGUUGAAAGGAAUGACAGAAUUACAAUGUGACUGCCAGAGUAAACUACAGAUGCAAUUAGAUUAUUUACGAUCAGUUUUGGAUGAUCAAACACAGUUUAAAGGAAUUUACAGAUAUGCAUUUGAUUUUGCUAGAGACAAAGACCAGAGAAGUAUGGACAUAGACACAGCUAAGGCCAUGUUAGCCCUGGUGUUGGGGAAACACUGGUCACUGUUUGGCUCCUUCCAUCAGUUUUUAGAGCAAUCUAAAUACAAAGUGAUAAAUAAAGACCAAUGGUGUAAUAUACUGGAGUUCAGUAGAACCAUUCUUCCUGAUCUGUCAAACUACGACGAGGACGGAGCAUGGCCAGUGUUACUUGAUGAGUUUGUGGAAUGGUACAAGGAACAUAGAAGUAUGAACAGCUGAUUCAUUAACCAAUAGAAUUCAAGUA